AUGCUCGUCGUGGUCGUCCCUGGAUUCCUCGUUGAGAUGCUCGUCGUGGUCGUUUCUGGAUUCCCCGUUGAGAUGCUCGUCGUGGUCGUCCCUGGAUUCCCCGUUGAGUUGCUCGUCGUGGUCGUUCCAGGGCUCCGUUGGUCGUUGAGGUUUGGCGUCCGGUUCGUUGAUGCUGUGGUGGUUUCGUUGUUGUCGUGUGGUGUCGGCGUUGAGAUGCUCGUCGUGGUCGUUCCUGGAUUCCCCGUUGAGAUGCUCGUCGUGGUCGUUCCAGGAGUUUCAGUUGAUGUGGUCGUGGUGGUCGUCCCUGGAUUCCCCGUUGAGAUGCUCGUCGUGGUCGUCCCUGGAUUCCCCGUUGAGAUGCUCGUCGUGGUCGUCCCUGGAUUCCCCGUUGAAGUCGUUGAGGUUAUGGUUCCAGGAGUUUCAGUUGAUGUGGUCGUGGUGGUCGUUCCUGGAUUCCCCGUUGAGAUGCUCGUCGUGGUCGUUCCUGGAUUCCCCGUUGAGGUGCUCGUCGUGGUCGUUCCAGGGGUCUCAGUUGAUGUGGUCGUCGUGGUCGUUCCUGGAUUCCCCGUUGAGUUGCUCGUCGUGGUCGUUCCUGGGUCCGUUUAG